UCUUCUCUUUCAGCAACCAGAAAGAAUUGCUUGAUCACUUCUAAAGUCCCGCCCUUUCGGCUAUCCCCAAUGGGGAGUAAGCUGUUACUCAAAAGGAGGCAACAAAAGCGUCAACGUGGAGUUGAGAGGAGCGGAAGUAGUCAGAUUUCGCUGAGGGCCGUAAAGCGGGUAGUAUUUUCGCCUUCCGGAUAACGACAGCAGCUCCUACUGUCAGUGCCGGCCUUCCUCGUGCCGGACCCUUCCUAAUUCAAUUUCCUUCCCAUUCCGGGCCCUUCCCUAUCGUCGCCCCCUUCACCUUGGAUCAUGUUCAAGAAAUUUGAUGAAAAAGAAAAUGUGUCCAACUGCAUCCAGUUGAAAACCUCGGUUAUUAAGGGCAUUAAAAAUCAAUUGAUAGAGCAAUUUCCAGGUAUUGAACCAUGGCUUAAUCAAAUCAUGCCUAAGAAAGAUCCUGUGAAAAUUGUCCGAUGCCAUGAACACAUAGAAAUCCUUACAGUAAAUGGGGAAUUACUGUUUUUUAGACAAAGAGAAGGGCCUUUUUAUCCAACCCUAAGAUUACUUCAUAAAUAUCCUUUUAUCUUGCCACAUCAGCAGGUUGAUAAAGGAGCCAUCAAAUUUGUCCUCAGUGGAGCAAAUAUCAUGUGUCCCGGCUUAACUUCUCCUGGAGCUAAGCUUUACCCUGCUGCCGUAGAUACUAUUGUUGCAAUCAUGGCAGAAGGAAAGCAACAUGCUUUAUGUGUUGGUGUCAUGAAGAUGUCUGCAGAUGAUAUUGAGAAAGUCAACAAAGGAAUUGGCAUUGAAAAUAUCCAUUAUUUAAAUGAUGGGCUGUGGCAUAUGAAGACAUAUAAAUGAGCCUCAAAAGGAAUGUGCUUGGGCUAAACAUGGCUAUUAUGCUGUAUCUGUGUUUGUGUCUGUGUGUAGCAGCAUGAAGACAAUGCCUCUAUGGUUAUGCUGAAUAAAUUCUGUGGAUGCUAAAAUUCUGUUAGCUUCAGAAAUUAUUUUAACUUAAAUACAAAUUACAAUUGGGUAGCAAACUUGAACAUUAAAGAGUAUCUGGUAAGUAACUUAGCAGAGAACUCACUGUCCUAUUUAGGUUAAUGAUAGAAGAUGAUUUGGUAAAUGUGUUUGCCAGUUUAUGGUAGAUUUUUAGAUAGUUUGUCUAGUUAUGGAGCUAGAAGCUAGAUUUGGAAUUUUAUUCCAUUAUUCUGAAGCACCCAGUAGUGUUCUUAUGUGUGUCUCUCUGUGUAUGUGUUGUUGUUGUUGUUUUAAAUUUCAUUAUGGACUAUUCCAAACAUACUCUAAAAUAUGGGUAAUAGUAUAAUAGUCUUUCCUUCCUUCAUCACCCUGAUUCACUUUAUGGCUAAUCUUCCUUUACCUAUGCUUCAGUUUUCUUCCCUAUUUCCUAGUUACUGUGAAGCAAAUCUUAGCCUAUUAUUUCACCUGUAACUAUCUUAAUAUGUAUCUUUAAAAAAUAUAAUCACAACACCCUGAAAAUGUUUAAAAAGUUAUUUUCUAAUAUGAUCAACUAUCUAAACUUGUCAGAUUCCCUCAAUUGUCUCUUUUCAAGUUUUAUAAACUGUUAGUUUCCUUGAGUUAGGGACCUGAUUCUUAUAUUGUAUAUGGUUGAUAUUUGUUUUUAUAUUAAAUUCGUUUUAUCUUUUUAAAUCAUUUAAGAAAUGUAGCUUUGUCUUAGGAAGUUUCCAUUUUCUUUAUCUUUUUUCACUGUAUCACUGCCCUUUGUACACAGGAAAAUACAGUAUACAGUUCUGUAAAAAUCAGGUGUCACCAGAUUAAGGUUCAUUUAUAAUGCCUUCUCUUGAGUCAGAUUAUGAUAUUUAAACUUUCAGUUUUGUGUUCCACUAUAUUGCCUUCAAAAUGUCUAUCUCCUAUCCUGAGGGCUAUGAGCCACUAUUAGAAAGAAGAGUAAUUUGUUUUGGAAGUUAAAGAAUACUUGCAAGUUUUAGUGAUAAAGACCUUUCUUCCCAGUGACCUUGUUAUGCUAGUGUCUCAGCCAUCUCUCUUUUGGUUAUUUACCAAUAUUGACUGUGAUUUUACUUUUCAGAUGGAUACAGACAUUUACAAGAUUGUGGUGACCCGUGUUACAGUUAGAAGUUGGUGACAAUGGUGAGGGUGGAUAGUAAAGAGAGAGAGAGAUCAUUCAGCUGGCUGUUUGUUCUAGCUCGGCCUUUCAGGAUAUAACAUAGGUGAAUACAGUUAUAAGAUCUGAUCUUCAGAUUGGCAAACCAUUCACCAUUGAUGGACCAUGUAAGACUUGGAGAUUUCCCAGUUAGAAUAUAAAUAUAUUAAUUUGUGUAAUGGGCCUUUAUAGGGCAAACAAAGGUUAGUACCUUGGGAUAAUAAUAUUUUAUCUGGGCCAGGUGGUGGUGGUGCAUACUUUUAAUCCCAGCACUUGGGAGGCAGAAGCAGACAGAUCUCUGAAUUUGAGGCCAGCCUGGUCUACAGAGAGUGAGUUCCAGGACAGGCUCCAAAGCUAAAGAGAAACCCUGUCUCAAAAAAAUAAAAACAACAACAACAACAAAAUUUCAUCUGGACUGGGUUAAGGCUUAGAGAAUUUGUCCUGCUUCUUCCUGAAUCAGAAUGUUUAUGCCCUGAUAUUUUACUUCCUAUAUCCUUUUCAAGUUUUUUAUCUAUUAAUUUCUUCUUGUGACAGCUGUAUCUUAUAACUUACCAUGUUACUUAAUUUUGAUAGUUAUUAAUGGUAGAUAAAAAAGCCUUGUUGGGUGUGGUGGGGCAUACCCUUUAUUCCAGCACUCAGGCAGGAGAGUCUCUGAGUAUAGACAGCCAGGUGUACAUAGUAAGAUCUUGUCUCAGAACAUUUAUGCUGACUUACUGAUUUCAAAUUUAUGUCUCUCAUUCUGAGGCAGAAGCACCCAUUUUGAUGCCUAUAGCUCCUUAUAGUCCUAAAAAUAAUACAUGUGCCACUUGUGCCAAGCCAAGCUUUGAGUUUUUAUUUUUACUGCUGAAAUGUUAGUUGACUAAGGUUGUCUGUGUGGUGUAAACAAUCAAGAGCACAACAUACACAAACAUAGAUUGUAGAAGUUAAAACUUUGUUUUGCCUGGUUUCUAGAAUAAUUUAUGCUUGUACAUAGCCACUGUCACAGUGGGUGUAGAGAAUACUUCGUCUACUAUGCUAAGGUACAUUGACUUUUGCCUUGGUGAACUAAGUAUGUUGCCUGCCUUUAAACUCAUCUCAUCAGUUUUUUUUUUCAGUUGGAUAAGGAAGUAUAAAUAUUACAUUUAUUGUAAUAUUGUACAUUUAUUGUAAUGCAGUACUGUAUUAUAAUAUUACAAAAU